AUGCGGUCCACCGAAACUACGGUGCGCACUUCGGGUAAUAAUUCUCCCGGUAAUUUCACACAAAAUGUACCCAAUAGACCGCUAAGAAAUUUGGUAAACAUACCAGAUUAUGAUUCACGACAGACUUUUGACGAAACCCCUGAUGAUUUUGACUUUGAUUUUUCUUAUUUGAAUGAUCAAGUUUCUCCCUCUAUUGAAGGUGUUGACCCUCAAGAAAGUUUUAAGGGGAUUUUAAAUGAUGAAUCAAUUCAGAUAACAAUUGAUAACAAUGAUUGGGAUAUCCCACAAUUAAAUGCAAAUGAAAAAACUGGUCCAAAAGUAAAUGAAGCACUUGGAAAAGCUGUAAAUGCAGCCAUCUCUAUUAAAAGUAGCAAAGAAAGCAUGGUUGAUUUAGAGAAAAAAUAUGACAGACCAGAAAACUGUAAUUUAUUGAAAGUUCCCCGUGUCAAUAAAGAAAUAUGGGAUGCCAUGAAUAAGCAGGCCCAUUCAGAUGAUCUCACUUUGCAAGUAAUUCAAAAAUCUUUAGCCACGGGUAUGAUACCUUUAGUACAGAUGGCUGAUAUGCUUGUAAAUAAAAAAGAACUUGAGCCUCACGUUUGUAAAAAGAUGUUGGCUGAUUCAAUAAGUAUGCUUGGCAAUGCAUUCUACAAUGUCUCUAUGAAAAGAAGAAAUGAAAUAAAAAAUGUUUUGAAUUUUCGAUAUCGCAAAAUUGCUUCUUCUGAAAUCCCAGUUACUGAUCACUUGUUUGGAGACAAUUGUGUCUCUAAACUCAAAGAAAUGGGUGAUAUUACUAAGCAACCAAUUGGAAUGAAAUCGAACUAUGAUACAAAAUUUAAAAAUACAACUCAAGCAAAAAACUACAUGUCAAACCAAGGGUAUCAACCCAUCCAAAACCCAUACAGAGGCAAAAACCGCCAGUAUUCAUCAUACCCUUCCCAGAGAGGCAGAGGUCAAAGGGGACAAUUCCAGUACAGAAGUGCAAUGAAAAAGCAGUACAGUUACAACAAGUAAAGGUGAGAAAACUGAAUAAACCUUACUGGAAAAAAUUUACAAAAGACCAAUGGAUAUUAAAUAUAAUUGAACCAGGUUAUAAAAUUGAAUUCUUUCAACAACCUCUUCAAACAUUCUUUCCGAAACAAAUUCAAUUUAAUGCAGUAGAAUCUGAAAUGGUAUCAAAAGAAGUAAAACAGUUGGUUGAUAAAGGUGCAAUUGAAGAAGUAAAAGAUAUUUCGGAUGCUUUUAUUUCAAAUAUUUUCCUUGUACCUAAAAAAGAUGGUAAUCUCAGGCCAAUCAUAAACCUAAAAUAUUUAAAUGAAUUUGUUGAAUAUUAUCAUUUCAAACAAGAAAAUUUGACAUAUGCUUUAGAACUGAUUCAGAAAAAUGAUUAUCUUACUUCAGUUGAUUUAAAGGAUGCAUAUUUUAGUGUCAGUGUUCACCCAGACUACAAGAAAUUUCUAACUUUUUCUUGGAAUGGAAAAUUUUACAGAUUUGUAGUACUACCUUUCGGAUUAACAUCAUGUCCGAGAAUAUUUACAAAGAUAUUGAAACCUGUAUAUGCAUUUUUUAGGGAAAAUGGCAUAAGAUGUUGCUAUUAUAUUGAUGAUUCCCUGAUCAUGAAUCAAACAUUUUCUACAUGUCAAGAACAAACAAAUAUAGUUAUGUCAGAAUUAAACAAUCUUGGCUUCACAAUAAAUGAUAAAAAAUCUAUAACCAUUCCUUCACAGAGAAUUGUUUUCUUUGGAGUUAUAAUUGAUUCAGUUGAAUUCAAAGUUUAUUUGACAGAUGAAAAAGUUGAAAAGAUUUUAAGACAAAGUCAAUUAAUUUUGUCUAAUCCAAGAAUUCAAAUCCGGCAAUUGGCCUCAUUGAUAGGUUUAUUGGUUCAUGCUUGUAAUGCAGUUUUCGAAGGACCUUUGCAUUACAGGACUUUAGAAAGAGAUAAAGAUCAAAAUCUAAAAUUGAAUGGUGAUGAU